AUGCUGGCGGCCUGGGGCGCCAACGGCACCAACGUCCCGGGCGGCCACUGCCAGUGGCCGGGCGUCACGUGCGACCCUGCCACCUGGCGCGUCACCAUGCUGCACGUCGACUCGUACGCCUUUGCCCAGAAGCUAAGCGGCCCCCUUGACGACUUCAAGGACCUCACGGCGCUGCGCACGAUCUGGCUGCCCUACAACAUGCUGACCGGGACGCUGCCGGCGGCGUGGACGCAGCUGCAGGCGCUGUCGGACAUUGACCUCAGCGGCAACCAGCUGGCCGGCCCGCUGCCGGACCUGUGGGGGCAGAUCGCGGUGGGCAUGCGGAGCAUCAAGCUCAACAUGAACAAUUUCCAGGCGAGCACCCUGCCCGCCGGCUGGGACGACGCCGCGCUCCGUGUGCUUGAGCUCAGCUCCAACGACUUCACGGGGCCGAUCCAACACGUCAUCGCGGGGUCGCCUGGGUUGGAUACGCUCCGCAUGGCCUACACUGGCAUACAGGACGAGCUGGGCCCAGGUUGGGCGUUCAGCGGCGCCAGCCCGCUGACCAGCCUGGACCUGUCCAACAACCCCGGCCUCAACGGGUCCAUCCCGCUGGAGCUGCUGACGUCAUCUGUCCAGUUCCUGCACCUGGGCUUCACCAACAUUUCGGGCGGCCUCCCGAAUGCCACCGGCGCCAAUCCUUCACGACUCCUGGUGCUUGACUUCUCCCAGAUCCCCGGCAUCACGGGCGCAAUCCCCCCUAGCUGGGGCCCCUUGCUGGCGGGUGUGAGCUGCAUGAUCCUGCAGGGGACAAGCCUGUGCGGCGCGGUGCCGCAGGGGCUGCCGUGCUUCAACAUCGCAGGGACAAAUUUGGGCAGGAAUUGCUCGGAUCUCACCCCCCUGGCGACCUCCCUGCAAGACGUGCCGGACUGCGUCAUGCCGCCGGGCCUUUCUGGUUGCCCCUCCGACCCUUAUGGCCUGCCGGUGUCAUCUUGGAGCGGGGUCACAGCUGAUUACCGCGCCUUGCAAGGCAUCAGGCACGCCAUCACCAGCAGCGGCAUCUUUGGCAAUGUGACCAGCAAUGGCACAUACGCCAACACAACCAGCAACGCAACCAGCAACGCAACCAUCAUCAACGUGACACUGGGCGCGGACCUGUUCCCCUGGCCCGCGCCCUGCCAUCCGGGCAGCUACACGCCCGGCCUGACCUGCGACGAGCCCACGCGCCGCGUGACCGGCCUGCGGAUGGCGGACGCGCUCCACUGCCACUCGCCGCCGUGCUUCUGGUCGGGAUGGCCUGUGCGGCCGGUGCCAGAGUUUGCGGCGCUUUCUGAGCUGCAGCUACUGGACCUGUCAAACAUGGGCAUGCAAGGCACCCUCCCCGUUGAGUGGUCCAGCCUGUCUAUGCUGCGGGACCUGUUCUUAGCCAACAACAGCCUCAACGGCACCAUCCCCUACACCGGCGGCGCCGCUUUCAUGGCCCCCCUGAGGACCCUCGACAUCACAAACAACAGACUCUCGGGCGCCCUGCCACCUGAACUCAGCGCCGCCGAGCAGCUGCUCCUCAGCUACAACCAGCUGACUGGGCAGCUGGGCCCCGCGCUAAACGGCGCGGUCAACCUGCGGCGGCUGGUGGCGCCGGGCAACAAUUUUUAUGGCUGGCUGCCAGACCUGUCGGCGGCGGCGCAGCUGGUUGAGGUCGACCUGGGAAUGAACAUGCUGACGGGGGCGCUGCCGGGCAGCUUUUCCAGCAAAGGCCUGCAGCGCCUCUGGCUGGAGGGAAAUAUCAUCGGCGGCUCGGUGCCCGAUGCGUGGGGCAACCUAUCCUCCCUGUCGUCUCUGUCCUUUGGGGGCGCGGGCCUGACCGGGACGCUGCCCACCUCCUGGGGAAGCUGGCGGGGCAUGCGGGAGUUUGUGAUACAGAACGCCAUGGGCCUCACAUCCACGCUGCCCGCCAGCUGGGGGGCGUGGGGCCCGUCCCUCCGGAAGUUCCACCUUCUUGGCGGCGGCUACCAGGGCACGCUGCCCGCGUCCUGGGGUGCAAGCUGGUCUGCGGUCGAGUCUCUUCGGCUGGAAAACAUGUUUAUCAGCGGCGCUCUGCCGCCCGAGUGGUACAACGCCACCGCAGCGGCUGCCUUCUUCAACCCGACCGUCAACAACAGCACGCUGGUCAACAACACCGCGGUCAACGGCACCACUUCAACCAACGGUAGCACCUCAACCAACGGCAGCACCUCGACCAACGGCAGCACCUCGACCAACGGCACCAGUUCGACCAAUGGCAGCGCCACGGCCGCCCGCGGCGCGUUCCCAAACCUCAGGGAGCUGUCGCUCUCCGGCCUCAACAACCUGACGGCCCCGCCCUGGGCCGCCCUGCGCGCGUGGCUCGACCCCAAGGCGGCGUCCCAGCAGCUGAGGAGCCUGAGGCUCGCCGGGCUCCGCGGCUUGGCAGGCGCGGGGCUGGACGGCGGGAUCGCGGCGACCUACAGGAACCUGUCGGCCCUUGUGCUAUCAAACAUGGCCCUCGGAGGGCCGAUCCCCGCCGGCUGGGCGUCGCUGCCGCCUGGGCAGCUGUCUGUGCUUGACGUCUCCAACAACAACCUGACCGGCACUCUGCCGCCCUGGCUUGUGUCGUUGAUGGGGCCGCCGCCACAGCCGACGAUGGGGCUGCAGCCGUCGCAGCCGCCGCAGCCUUCUGGGUGGGUCGAGCAGCGCGGGUGGCUGCUGGACGUGUCUCGCAACAACUUGACAGGGACGCUGCCGGCGGAGUGGGGCACCUUUGCCGGCCAGGGAGGCCACGUGCUGAGCGUGGCGGGCAACGCUCUGCAGGGGGCGCUCCCGCCGACGUGGCAGGCCAUGGCUUACACCAGCCUGGGGCUGGACCUGUCCAGCAACACACUGAGCGGACCCAUACCAGCAGGGUGGUUCAACACCAGUGCGAUGGCAAACAGGACGAGCAUGGUGAUGUUCUUCAACCUUGGCAACAAUCUGUGCCUCUGCGGCGACCUCCCUUACUGGCUGGGCGUCGCCUGGAACUCUGCCGGCAACACAACGUCCCUCGGCAUGCCCUGCGCCCAGUGGCCGCCGCAGUGCGACCCCGUGAUGCCGGCGCCUUGGUACGUCGACAACGGCCCCCUGCUCGCCCUCAAGCCGCUCAUCAACACACCAAACCCGUGGGCGCUGCAGACCUGGAAUCAGUACAGAGUGGCGUGCACCAACUCGAACGUGACGGGCACGUGCGCGCCGUGCGACUGGCAGGAUCCGUCUUGCGGCGUCGUGCGGGCAGCAGACGGCCUGCUGCUGUGCAACUGGCGGUUUGUGAGCUGCAGGGACAGGCGUGUAAUGGGGCUGCACCUCGGGCGCAAGCUCUCAUCCCUGGCUAAUAUGACGUCGUUCGGCGUCACGGGGCCGGUCAACGGCACCAUACCUGCCACAUACUCGGCUUGGACCAAGCUGUCUGCGUUCAGGGUGUCGCGGACGGCGCUGGGCGGGACGAUACCGCCCAGCCUGUUUGCGUCGUGGCUGGCGCUGACGGCGUUUUCAAUCGAGGGAGCCCAGAUCACAGGCACAAUUCCGCCGAUGUUCAACAAUACGCUGCUCAAGGAGUUUGUGGUGGAGCGCACGCCCGUGUCAAACAGCGGAACGCUGCCUGCUUGGUUCAUGGACGCAAGGGCCGUCGGGCUGAAGAACAUGCAGCAACUCGGGUUUGGCGGCACCAAUCUGACGCUCCCCUCCUGGCCGGCCUUCAAGGCGGCGGUCAAGGCUAACAACUGGACGCUCAGCAUGCUGUCCGCGCCGGCCUGCGGGUUCACCGGCCCCAUCGGCCCCAUGGCCUUCCACUUCCCCCAGCUGAUCGCGCUCGACCUCUCAAACAACGCGCUGACGGGGGCGGUGCCGUGGGACCUUGGGCAGGGGGCAGCAAAAAUGCAGUACUUGAUCCUGUCAGGCAACAAUCUGAGAGGCACGCUGCCAUCCACGCUGGCGUCGGCCUUUGUCGUCGGCCCCAACACCUACAACAUCCUCCAGCUCUCCGGCAACCAGCUCGUCGGCACGCUGCCCGCGGCCUGGGGUGCGGCCGGCGUGCGUUUCGGCCGAUUCAGCCUCGCGCAGAACUACCUGUCCGGCCCCCUGCCUGACAGCGGCUGGGGCGGCAUGGUGCUGAACUCGUCCGAUGUGGAUCUGUCGCGCAACAGCUUGUCUGGGCCGAUCCCUGCCGGGUGGUUUCCGACGCCGCCGGCGCUGGCGCCCAGCAAUACGUCGGGCGGCAGCAAUAUGUGGUUCAGCCUGCAGCUCCACCACAACCCGUGCCUCUGCGGAGAGGCGCCUGCGUGGAUGGCACGCAGCAUGAGCGCAGACCUCUGGGCCAACGGCACCGGCCUCUGGGCAAACUGCGCUGCAUAUCCAAUGAUGAGCGGCGCGGCCAACAGCACCACCAAUGGGACGGUCAACAGCACGGUUAACGGGACAACCAACGGCACAACCAAUGGCACGGUCAACGGAACGGUCAACGGGACGAGCAGCAGCGCAUAUCCCAACGGCACCAUGUGCAUGGCCAACGGGACUGUCAUCAACGCCGCCGCCGCCAACUGCUCGGUCUGCGGGACCCCUGCCGCACAGCCGCCGCCUCUCUCGCACCUAGACGCGCAGCCGCUCGCCGCGCUCCGUGGCGCGAUGGCGUCGACACCGACCCCCAACGCGACAGCGCUCGCGGCCAGCUGGAACGCGAGCGACCGGCCGCCGUGCAGCGAGUUCGACCCCUUGUGCGUGCCCUGCAACCUGACCAUGCCGGCGGCCGGCUGCGGCGGCCCCGCGCCGGCGGUCGGCGGGCAGCCGCCUCAGUGGUACUGCAACUUCCAAGGGGUGGCCUGCAGGGAGAGCCGCGUUGUCGGGGUCAACCUGACCGGCGCCAACGUCACGUUCUCAAGCAUCCCAGCCGGCGCGCUCACGCUGCGCAAGGCGGAGUGGUUUCUCCUGAGGGGCAAUUAUUUCCAGAGCGGUCCCCUGCCAGCCAACCUCAGCUUGGAUGUGCCGGCCCUCAGCGUGCUGCAGAUCCAGGGCGCCAACGCGUCACUGGGGAGCAUCCCUGCUGACUGGGGGCAGAUGCCGGCCCUUAAGUCGCUGUGGCUGGGCAAUGCUUCACUAACUGGCUCCCUGCCGGCGACCCUGAGCCCCUUGAUGCAAGACAUCGUCCUAUGGGGCAUCACCUUCACAGGCGCCUCUGGGCUGCCGCCUGCAUGGUCGCAGUCCAACACACUGCGCAGCCUCGCCUUCACGGACGUGAUGGGCCUGACGGGGUCCGUCCCCAUGGACUGGCAGUCCGGCAUGCCAGCCCUGGACUCACUGAUUUUCAACAACGUGCCCGGACUGGCGACCGCCCUGGACUCUUACGCCGCCCUGGUGUCCGCGCCCGCGCACUCCAGCCCGUCGCCGCCCGUUAACUUUACUGGGAACUACACCGGCCUGCGCAACGUGAAGCUCAUGCGCAUGAAGCUGGCCGGCACGAUCCCAGAUGCCAUGUUUGCCACCCAGCGGCUGGUCAACCUGAGCCUCGCCAACAAUGCGCUGUCCGGCUCGCUCGGCGGCGCCGCUUGGGCCAACGCGACGGUCGUCGGCCUCAGGAACCUGGAUCUCUCCAGCAACAACCUGACGGGGAAGCUGCCGCCGGCCUGGAGUGCCCUAUGGCUGGUGUCGCUCAACCUCAGCCGCAACGUGCUGUCAGGCUUCCUGCCCAGUGAGUGGUCGGCCAUGCCUGCGGGCAACGGCACCGAGCUUCAACUCUUAAACAACAACUUGACCGGCCCCAUCCCCGAGGCAUGGAGCGUCCGCUCCGCGUCCUGGGCCAACAUCAGCGUGGCCGGCAACCCCGCGAUGUGCGGCGCGCUGCCGACGUGGUACACUGCGCGCUUCCCGGCGUCGGGGCCCAUGGUUGCAGAGUUCAUUCUCACGGCCGUUGGUGGGAACUCAUCGGUCGCUGGCCGCGGCGUGGCGCUGAUUCAGUCCAGCAGCGUCCCGCCGCCGCUGCUCCAAAACGUGAUCCUCAACGCGGUGCUGCGCUGCCCCAACUGCACGAGCGACGUCGUGGUUGGGCCGUUCACCCUGGUCUCAAACAUCAACGGCACCCAGACCUGGAACGCGUCCAUUGGGCCCAGCUUCCUGCGCCAGACAGGCGUCUACAACGUGUCUAUCUCAACCACGCCGCUAGGCGUCACGUUCACCCGCCUCACCGGCAUACCCCUUCCGCUCACCGUCAUGCCGGCGCCGAUGUCGCCCGUCACCUCCACCAUGGCCGUCUCCGCCCCUGAGGGCGCGCGCUCCGGGAGCCCCGUGACCGUUUCCCUCCACCUGGCCGACGCAUUCGACAACCCCGUGACAAAUUUGACCGCGGCGGCUCUGAAGAUUGCGGGCGUCGUGACCGGCCUGCAAACCGUGCCCGGGCCCAACCUGACAGCUGCGGCGGGGCCCGGCAACUGGCUGUACCAGAUGACGUUCGCAGCUAUCCAAAACGUCACCUUCUCGCUGCAGAUCGACGGCGCCCUGGCGCGCGGCCCCUUCGCCUUCCCGCGCGCCGGCGCUGCGGAGCGCGCCGUCGACCUGGGCGCGUCGCUGCGGGCCGCAGCGCUGCAGGCAGACGGCGCGGCGCCGGCCGCGCCGCGGUCGCAGCUGUCGGCCGGCGGCGCCAUAACCGCCAACGCGUGGCACGUGGUGCACAUCCCGAUCGUCCGGAUCCUGCCGCCAGCCCUGGGGCCGUUUGUUGCGGACCCUGGGCUGUCCGCCACCCUGAAAAUCCAGGCGCUGAACGGCACGAGCGGCGCGCCCGACGCGUCGCGGCCGCCGCUGCUGUUUACUGGCGCGUGGUCCUGGACGAAUGGAAGCUACGUGGUGCCCCUGCGACUUGCGGUCGACGCGGCGAAAUCCAACACGACGUUCGCGGCGACGCUCUCGUUGGCGUACCCCUCGGGCGUGCAGGCGACCUGGGACGUGCUGCUGCUGGCGACCCACAACUUUGCGGCCCCCGACAAGAGCACGUUCAGCGUGGUGACCUUCUCCCCGUCAGGCGCCACACGCACUGGGGACCCUGUUUACGUCGUGGCGCGGCUCAUCACCGCGCAGGGGCGGCAGGUGUACGUAGCGAGCAAUGUCAACUUCACCAUCACAGGGAACAUCACAGGCCAGGCCACGGUGUCGCCCCUGGUCCGGGCCGCCGACGGCAACUGGUCCUUCACCUACUACCCCUCCGUCGAGCAGACGCUCACCAUCGCAAUGACCGUCGACGGCAAGCCCAUCAAGUCAUCGGCCCUCGUGGUGUCCGGCCGCUCGCCGUUCAGCGUGGACCCAGCGGCCUCCCUGGCGGCGGCGGCGCUCGUCAGCCAGGGGCUGACAGAUACCGAGCCUGUCGACUCCUCGUCUUCCAGCAUCAUUUUCAUGGGCGAGAGCUCCUUCCUGAGCAUCCCCGUAUUUGAUGUCUUCGGCGCAAGCUUCGCGUUAGAUCCGGGUCUGAAGGUCCGCCUAACGCUCGUGCCGGGAGCGCUGGAGGCGUCGGUGGUGGCGGCGUACCGCCUGCCGGCCAGUGGCGUGAUUACCUUGGCCUCGCUUGCAUCCACGGUCAACUCGACGGCUACCGCAGCGGUAGUGGGCCGGCGGCGGCUGCUGCAGAGCCCCAGCCCUAGCCCAAGCCCAAACCCAAGCCCCAGCACCAGCCCCAGCCCCAGCAUCAGCCCCAGCCCUAGCCCCAGCCCCAGCCCAAGCCCAAGCCCAAGCCCGAGCUCCAGCCCCAGUCCAAGCCCAAGCCUCGGUACAAGCCUGAGCCCCAGUCCAAGCCUGAGCCCUAGUCCCAGCCCUGCGCUUAUGCCCCACACAAUGGUCAACCCAGCCACCGGCUGGCUGUACACCGGCGACUACGAGGCAGAGGCCCCAGACCCCUGGCUCAACGAGGCGGGGGGCGCGCCGCAGCAGCUGGUCUUUGAGCAGGCGGGGCCGGACGUGGGGAACCCGCUGCAGGACGGGCUGGCAGGCAACUCGUCCAUGUACACGUUCCCAGGGCUCUUCAACGCUUUCCGUGGCGUGUACGAGAUCAAGAUCUGGCCCCAGGCGGCCGCCGCUGCGGCGGCAGCGGCGGCGGCGGCCAAGGCGGCUGCCGCCUCUGCAACGACGGCGGCGGUGACGGCGGCGUCGGCGACGGCGCUGCUGCAGCAGAUCGGCCCGGUGUUCAACCCCCUGGCGAACCCGCGGGUUUCGAUGCUGGUGGUGUUUCCGGGGAUCACCUCCGCGGUGUACGGCGGGGAGGCCAAGGUGCUGUCAGAUUUCAGCGCCAUCGUCGCGUCAACGGCGGCGCUGACGGGGCCUGAUUGGGUGCAGGCGGCGCUGGUCAACUCGACCCCUGCCACGAUCAACGCAACGCUGUGGUUCCCCUCGGACUACGCAACCACUCCCUCCGCCUUUGAGGGGCUGUCCGCCAUGAGCUACUUCCUGUUCAUGCUAAACAAGCUGCCCGGGGUGGCCUUCAGCAAGGACGGCGUGGCAGGCUUUGACGUCAGGGGCGUUCAGGUGCUGCAGCUCAACGUAACCGCAACCAACGGCGUCACCUCCAGUGGCUUCACUUCAACUGCAGGCGCCACCGGCGGCGACCCCGCAGCAACCAGCGCCAGCGGGGGCGCCGCGGGCUCGGCCGGCCCCGCCGCAAGCCUGCAGGUGCUGGACGUCGACACCAGCGCCCUCGCCGUCGUGAUCCCGUCAACCUCGGACGCCACAACCUCGGCGCCACAGAUCGAUCUGAAGGCGAUUGUGGACACGCAGGCACCCGUUAUAACGCUCAAGGGGGACGCCUACGUGUCUGUGCUGCAGCUAACCUCAUAUUCAGACCCCGGCGUCACGGUUUACGACAACAUCGACGGCAACAAUGUCAACCCACGCAAGCAGCUGAAGCUAUGCAGCCGCCCAGACGGCGCCGAGGCGCUGCCGGCGCAGGAUACACAGCCGCUCUCAUGCAGCGCGACUGUGUACGCUUCUGUCAACACGACAGUGCCGCUGGACGGGUUGGUGUGGGUGUACAACUACACAGCGCGCGACACGGCGGGCAACAAUGCGUUGCCGCUGCGGCGUAUCGUGGAGAUUGCGCCCAGGUGCGCGUCACCGGAGCGCUGGUGCGCAGACCUGAGCGCCUGCUCGGUCCGCGGCGUCUGCAACGCGCUGCUCUCGUCCCUUCAGAGCUCUGGGCCCGCGUCGUCGUCGACCGGCGGCGGCACCGCCUCCUCCGCCUCGGCCGCCGCCGCGCGCGCCGCUGCCGCCUACACGCCGCCGGUCGACAAGACGGCGCCGAAGCUGCGCCUGCUGGGCAGCGGCGCGGCGGCCGUGACGCCCACGGGGGCGGCCAUCAUGGUGGACACUGUGACGUGGAACUCGAACUGGCAGGAUCCAGGGGCGAGUGCGAUGGACGCAGUGGACGGUGACGUCAGUAGCCGUGUGCAAAGCCUCGGUGUCGCCGGCGUCAAGACAUCCGUCCCCACGGCCCCUGACAAGCAGUUUGGGUUUGUCAUUGAGUACAACGUUGACGAUCUGAGCGGCAACGCAGCUCCCACCGCACGCCGCCUGAUCAAGGUCGUGUGCCCGACGCCGGAGCAAUACUGCACCGACCCGGACACAAACGGCCCCACCUGCACCGUUGGAGGCGUAUGCGGCCGCCCGGCCGCGCUCGCAACCUUCGCCACGACGGCCGCGCCCGCGGCCGGCGGCGGCGGCGCCGCGGCCGCGGCGGCCGCAAGAACGGCCAGCUCGGCUGCUGCUGCGGCCAAGGCGGCGACGCCCACGGCGCCCCAGAUCUCGCUGCUGGGGCCGCCCAGCGUGCAGGUCCCGGCGGGGGCCGCGUUCGACCGCUGCGCCUCCGGCGCCGCGCUGGGCGCGCUCUGCGACCGCGGCGCGGCGGCGACCGACUCUAUGGACGGCCCCCUCGACCGGACGAUGACGGUCUGUGGCAGCCCGUGGCGCACGGCCAGCGGCGUCCGGUCGGUCCCCGUGCUGCUCGCGUGCGGCAUCAACAGCAGCCAGCCUGGGGAGUACAAGAUUGUAUACUCCGCCACCAACAGCGCCGGCCUGAGCGCGAGCGUCAGCCGGCGCCUCGUCUUCGCGGCGAGCUGCCCCGCCGGCGAGGUGCUCUGCUCUGACAAGGUCACCUGCAGCCAGGGGGGCACCUGCCUGGGCCGCGGCGGCGCCGCGUCUGGCGGCGGCGACGGCGCAGCUGGGAACGCGUCCUCUGCUGCGGCCGGAGGGACGUCUGCAUCAAAGGCCGCAGCCCUCGCAGCGGCGGCCGCCGCGGCGGCGCCGGCGGCCAACCAGCCGCCGACUCUGCAGCUCGUCACCACGAAGGACCUCGGGGCCAUCGUCGCCGUGCGGCGCGCGUUUGGGAGCUACAGCCCGUGCGGCCCCGGGCAGGCGCCGACCGCAGACGCGCCGUGCGAGCUGGGCGCGACUGCAUUUGACCCUGACGGCGGCGACACGAGCGCGGCGGGCGGCGGCGCGCUAAAUAUGACCGACUCGGUUGUGGUGUGCCCGCCUCCCUCGUGCUUGGCGGGAAGCUGCUCGCCGCAGGAUCUGCGGCAGCACUACUUCACAGUCAAGGGCCUGGCGGGCUGCGCCUUUGAUGCCAUGGCAGCAGAGGGGACGCAGUUCCAGGUCACCUUCUACGUGUGGGACUCGGGCUCGCCGCCCCUGAACGCCAGCGUCACGCGCACCAUCACGCUGUCAAAGGCGUGCCCCGCCUCGGCCGCGCCCUAUCUGUGCACCGAUCAGAGCGGCCAGUACUUUUGCUCAGGCACCCCUUGCGAUCAAGCAGCGCGCCUGCUUCCGACAGCCAAUCGGGCGCCAAGGAUUGCGUUGCUCCCCAGCAACGCGACUGUCUACCUUCCAUACGGCCAGCCCUCUCCCCUCUACCUUGGGGCCUGCCCCAACAUCACGUCCAACGCGAGCUGCGGCGCAGUGGCUUGGGACGUGGAUGCAAACGGAAACAGGACAACAGAUCUUACAAAGGCGAUUGCUGUGCAAGAUGUCAGCGAGUGCAGCGGCGACACUCAGGGCUGCGUGGCCUGCGACGUGGACACGCUCUCUCGCGCCGGCGCGUGCCUGCCCGGCGCCUACAACCUCUCGUACACGGUCACAAACGCAAACGGCACGACCGCGACCGCCACCCGCCGGGUCGUGGUCUACCAGGCCGGCCGCGUGUCGGCAGACUUUGUUUUGGUCGACACCAUGGAGACGUCAGCCGCGGCGGCCCUGGUGGCCGACCUCCGCAACCCAGCCAGCGCCGGCUACGCAAUGGCCGUGACGACAAUCAGGACACGACUGGGGGCGGCAGGCAGCGGCCUGGUUGACACGGACAUCGAGAUCACGGCCGCGAGUGCGGCGCAGACCGAUCCCGGCUCGCAGGUCUCGCGGGUAACAGUCAGCGCGACCGCCCACGUGUACUACCCGCCAGAGGUUCACCGCGCCGCGCUCACAUCCACGGCCGGCGCGCGGCGGCGGCUGCGGCAGCGCCGGCUGGGUGAGGUCGGCAACGCGGCGUCGGAGGCGCCGAUCACGGUCGAUGACGACGCUGCCGCGCGGCCGAGGGGCGUGGCGUUCCACGUGAGGUCCGUCCUCGAGGCACUCGAGGACCUGCACGCACCGCAGCGCGCGGCCUGCGGCGGCGGCCUCGAGGCGGGCGCUGGCGUCGGCGCCCCCUGCCCGGCGCCGCGGCGGCGGCUGCAGCAGGCGUCCGGCGGCCUGAGCUCGUCGCUGUCUUCUUUCGGCGCGGCGUUCCAGUCGAACCUCGGCGCGAGCGCGCCGGCGUCAUCCAACGACGGGGCCGACGUCGACGUCGCCGCGGGCUACCUGGCCGCGAUGGCCAGCAGCGUGGCGCUGCUGGAGGAGCGCGCGGCGCUGAUAAACGCGAGCGUGGGCGCGGUGCAGGCGCAGGCGGAGCAGGCGUUUGGGGCGGAUGCGGACCGCAAGGACGACACGCGGGACGCGCAGGCGCUCCUGACCGACUGGAACGCCCUCGUCUCCAGCAUCGAGGCCCUCGCCGACCGCGCCGCCACCGGCUUUGACGCCCAGACCGCCGCAUUCUCUGCCCUGUCCGGCGCGAUGGGCGACACCAUCACCUCCAUGCGGGAGGCGGCCAGCUAUGCGGAGCGGCUCGCCGAGGAGUACAUCCAGCAGAACGCGAUGCUGGACGCCGCGACCGGCGGCGCCGCCGCCGGCGGGGCGCUGGUCAGCUGCGCGAAGCCGUCAAAGUAUCGCGUGGCGUUCAACAUCACGGGCGCUGCUGUUAGCGCGAGCAACGGGACGGCGGCGGGGCGGCGGCGCUUGCAGGCGGCCAACGGCACCGGCGCCGGCGGCGCGGCGGUGGCGGCGUCCGAUGGGGAGCUUAUAGACUGGAAUGGAUACCGCCUGGCGACCCGCGGCCGGCAGGCGAAUUGGGCAGUCGACGACGCGCUCGCGCCGGAGCGCCCGCGCCACGUCGGCGCCGCCGGCGCCAACCGGCUGGUCGGCGGCGUCUUCCUGCACACCACGCGCCGCCCGCCCGCGGCGCCCUGCGUCCGCGGGUCCGUCGCGGCGAUGCUCGGGUUUGACUGCGCGGUGGCGGCCGCGAGCGGCGGGGUCACGUUCAUGAGUAACGCGAGCGCGGCGGCGGCCCUUGCCGCCUGGCUCACGGCGCGGUCAAACGGGGUCAACCCUUACGGCAUCGACCCCGCGUUCCUCAGAUCGUCGUCGCUGUACCGCCCCGACCUCAUCGGGCGCGAGGGGCUGUACUACAACACCUCGGACAGCUUCGAGGUCUCGGCCGCAACAAAGACGCCGUACGGCUUCUUCUACAAGCGGCUGGCCGGCUACGCGGACGGGUUCCCCAUCCUGCUGCCCAAUCGGAUGGGGUCUGUGAGGGCGGGGGAGGCGGUGCAGUACCUGCUGGAUGGCAACUAUCUCGACGGUCGCACGCGUGCCCUGACGGCGGAGCUGCUGACCUACACCCCGAACCUGCGGGUCCUCGGCUAUGCAAAGGCGACCUUCCAGUGGCAGGACGACGGCAGCAUCCAGGGCCGCGUGGACGUCCAGGGCCUGCCCGCGCUGCCGCUGCCGUCGGAGCACGGUGCCGGCCUGCUGGCGGGCCUGUUGCUGCCGCUCUGGGUCAUGGCGGUGGCGUAUGGCGCCUACGCGGUGUCGGAGGCGCGCUGGGUGCUGCGCCACUACGAGGGCGAGCGCGGCCCGAUCGGGGUGCUGCUGCGGUCCCCUGGCGCCCUGGCCGACGCGACCACUGCCCUCCUGAUGGUCGGCGCCGCCCUCACCCUCACAGUCUACUCCACCGCCGGCGCCGCCGCCGUCAAGCCGCAGUCCUCUUACGACAUUUACGACGGCGUCAACGUCGCCGCGGCGCGCCCCUUCCUGCUCAAAAAGGCCGACCCCAACGCCACCCAGGCCGCCGCGCUCGCCGCGCAGUUUGGCGCCGGCGCCGCGGCGUCCGCGGGCGACGCCGGGCGGUGGGCGCUGGAGGGCGGGGACGGGGGCGCGUACGGCGCGUGGGCGGCGCUGAUGGCGGGGGUGCAUGUGAUGGCGCGGACCUGGGAGGUGUACGGCUUCCUGCAGGGCCUCGUGCUGGUCAUGAUGAUUGUUAGGCUGGUGCGCGUGUGGGGCUUCCAGAGCCGCCUGGGCAUCAUCACCCGCACCCUGGCCAAGGCCGCCCCCCAGCUGGCCCACCUCCUCCUGGUCAUGGCCGCCUGCAUGGCCGUCUUCUCCGCCGUCCUCGUCAUCGGCGCCGGCGGGCAGUCCUCGGCCGCGUCGACGGCCGGGGGCGCGUUCUACGACACCUUCCUGCUGCUCCUGGGCGGCGCCAACGUCGGCCGCGACCAGCUGCUGCCGCCCGGCGCGGCGGGGCCGCAGGUGCUGCUCGGCGGCCUCAUCUUCUACUGCCGAGAGAUGCUAUUCAUCUUCGUCCUCAUGAACUUCUUCAUGGCAGUUGUAGGAGACGUCUUCACGCGCAUCAAGAAGGCCACCUGGGCGACGGCCAGGGGCGUGCCGGCCGACCUGAGGGUCGACGUGGCGCCCGAGCUGGGCGGCUGGCUGGCCGCGCGCGCCGCCGCGGCGCAUGAGCGCCACCGACGCCGCCGCCGCCGCGGCGAUGCCGCAGAGAUCGGGGGAGGCGCGGCAGCCGAGGCGGAGCGCGAGGAGGGGAUGGAGGUCGGCGGCGUGGGCGCGGCUGCGGCCGCGGAGGAGGCCGCUGCGGUGCUGCGCACGAGCGCCGCGCUGCUGGCGCGGCUGGAAGCGGCGUACCCGGGGAUGUUCCACGGGCGCAGCCGGGGCUUUGGGGACACUGUUGACUGCAUACGGCUGCACCUGGGCGGCGGCACCAGGCUGGUCAACCUUGGUACGCUGCAGCGGCUGCUGGCUGACAUGAGCCUGGACGGCGGCGUCGCACCGCUCCUCGCGACCCUGCCCGCCGCCGCGCGCCACAAGGCGGCCGCUGCGGCGGCUGCAGAUGGCGUGGCGUCCGCCGGCCGCGACGGCGGCGCGGCGGCGGCGGCUGCGGCGCCGGCGGUGGAGGCGGGCGCGGACCCGCGGGCGGUGGCGGCGGCGCUGGCGGUGGCGGAGCAGCUUGUGGCGGAGCUGGGGCAGCCCUGCACGGCGGACCAGCUGCGGCGCGGCGCGCUCGAGCUGGCGGCGACGACCAUCGCGGCUGGUAACACCGGGGCGCAGGCCCCCAUGAAUGAUGUGGAGAACGAGGAGCUGCUGCACCGCCAGAUCUACGCGGCAUUUGGCAGCGCCGCCGCCGCCAUGACCCGCUGGUCUGAGGCGGUCGCGCGGUGGCAGGCCCGCGCGGCCAACGAGACCAACGGCUGGCUGGCCGCGAGCGCAGAGCGCCUGCGGGCGCGCGGGCUGGACGCGUCCUAUGCGCCAGUGCCCGCGCCGGGGAGGGCAGCGGCGGCGGGGCCGGCGGUGGCCGGGGCAGGGGCAGGGGCGGGGCCGCGUGGCGUGCCGGGCGGCGCAGUGAAGAGCUCAGCGGCGCUGGAGGGUGCGGGGGGCAAGGCGCAGUGGCAGCCUCUUGCCAGCGGCAAGUGGGCCGAGCAGCGCGCACAGCGCGGGCCGCCGCGGCCGCUGGUGUCCGUCACGAGCAGCCGCUUUGGGGGCGCCCUCGCGUCUCCCGGCGGCGUGAGCAUCCACGGCCUGAGGGGGGGCCCGGCGGCCGCCUGGGGCCCGGAGGGCGAGGGCGGCGGCAGGCCGGGCAGCGGCGCGAGCAGCCAGCCCGGCAGCCCGGCGCCGCGCUGGACCGGGGCCCGCAGCCUGCUGUGGGGCAGCGCGGCGGGCGGCAGCAGCGCACGCGUCGCGCCGCUCGCCACCAGCGCGGGCGGCAGCGGCAGCGCCAGCCCGAGCGCCAGCAGCAGCGCGGCCGGCAAUGCGAGCGGGCGGGCCGCAUCAAUUACCGAGGGGGUUGCAAAAGAGGAGGCGGCAGAGGCGAUCGACGAGGUCAAGACAAUGGAGGAGGUGGAUGUGAAUGGACUGGAGGGCGUUGGGGAAGACAGCCAGGUGGUGGCUGCGGGCUCCGACGGCGGCGGCGCCCACUCAUUGGAUGCAGCCAGUGCAGAUCGGUCCAGCGAGGCAGGGUGA